AUGGGUUCAUGCUUGCUUAUGCCCUGUGUGUUUUUAGUACUCGGUGGUGGCCUGCUCGAUGGUCUGUUUCCAGGUGCCUGGGAUACUACAACCUGGAUCAUUUUGAUGACGAUUACAGUACUUCCACUAGCCCUUGUUCCAACUUUAAAGGAGGGUGCUGGUGCAGCGUUCGCUGGUACUAUGGGAACUAUUGUUGCAGAUUUCUUUGGCGUUGCGAUUGUAGUUCACGGUAUGCGAGAUCACCCGUCCGUGCCAACGCCUGAGCUUAGUAUCUCUCAAAUUGUUGGCGCGUUCGGCAGUCUCGCCAUGGGCUUUGGUGCUGGCAUUGUUUUGUCGGAUGUACAGCGUCAGCAUAGUGACCCUACCCGUAUGCCUCGCGUGGUAGUCGUCACUAUGACUGCUGUUACAUGUUUGCUGCUCAUUCUUGGACUGGUGCCAUAUUUAUCAGUUGGAUGCCAAGUGUCGGGAAAUUUAUUAUACGUCAUCUAUCCAGACGAUACGACUGGUCUUACUACACUGGGCUUCGCUCCGAAGUGGGGCACUGUUGUCUUAGCGUACCUAGCGAUGCAGAUACAUGUUACUAUCGCCUUUUCUGUACUCAUCAAUCCGGCUUUCUAUAUCGCUGAGCGCCUGGUCUUAGGUAUGCACCAGAGAUCGUCGACAGAUAUCGAAAACGGUACGGGUUACCAGGAAUCUGCCACGCUUGCGGACCUUCAAAAGGCGAUGGAUGGAUCCGUGGCAUCCAGUCACCGUUCGCGAACGUCUGUCUUUCCUCUAACUGGAGAAAUCAAGAACGACCACGAUCUCGAGGCUGCUGAGUAUCGCGGUGCCAAUGCGAUCAAAUACAUAGUGCUUCGUCUUACAAUUAUUGUCGUGCUCGUGGUGAUGUCGAUUUUGUUCAAGGACCAUUUCUCGGAUUUUGUCGACUUUGUGGGUGCAUCGGCUAUCACAGCCAAUUGUAUCGUUUUGCCCACUGUCUUCUACCUUACCAAGACAUGGAAUAUCGUUCCGAUGUAUGAAAAAUUUGGUGCCGGCGCUAUCGUUGUCGUUUGUACUGGGUUGGGGUUAUACUCGACAUUUACAGCCGGCAAAAACUUGUUCGCGCCAGGCGACUCGGAUGCGCUGUUUCCGUACUGUGAGGCCGAAUUUCAGGACAUUGUAUACUUCAACCAAACGGCUUAA